AUGGAUGUUGGCAAUCAGACACAAGUGACUGAAUUCACCUUUCUGGGUUUCUCCGGAAUCAGACAUGGCCAUUUCUACCUAUUUGUGGUCUUCUUAGCCAUCUACUUGGUCACUGUCUUGGGAAACAUCAUGAUCGUCGUCCUGAUCCAGAUGGAUCCCCGCCUUCACAGCCCCAUGUACUUCUUCCUCAGGCAUCUGUCCUGCCUGGAUAUUUGCCACUCCUCUGUCACAGUCCCAAAGAUCCUGACAAAUCUCCUUCGCCAGCGCCACAGCAUCUCCUACCAGCAGUGCCUUGCCCAGGUGUUCUUCCUGAUGGCUUUCUCGGGUGCAGAAUGCUGGAUCUUGGCCAUCAUGGCAUACGACCGCUAUGCUGCCAUUUGCCAGCCUCUGCACUACUCUUGCCUCAUGAGGCCACGGGUGUGCAUGCAGCUAGCCAUGGCCUCUUGGGUGUGCGGCUUCCUGGAUGCUGCGCUUCAUACUGCCUUGGCCUCCAGGCUGUCCUUCGGUGGGGCCAGCAAGAUCCACCACAUCUUUUUUGACCUCCCUCCACUCCUGAGAAUCGCCUGCAGUGAUACAUACAUCAAUGAAAUUAUGAUCCACAUAGCAACCUUCUUCAUGGGUAUGAGCCCCUUCCUACUUAUCACAAUCUCAUACUUCUACAUCUUGUCCUCCAUCUUGCGGAUCCGGACCAACACCGGCAGGCGCAAAGCCUUCUCCACCUGUGCCUCUCACAUGACUGUGGUCCUCAUUUAUUUUGGAAAUGGACUGGUCAACUACAACCAGCCAAGCGCUGGCUAUGCCCUAGAGAUCGACACCUUGAUCUCCACGCUGUACUGCAUCAUCACCCCCAUGCUGAACCCCCUGAUCUACAGCUUCCGCAACAAGGAGGUGAAGGGAGCCCUGAGGAAGGUUCUGGAAAGCCAGAGGGAGGCAUAA